AUGUUAAAGAAUAGCUUCAAUUGCACAUUUAUCUUGGUCUAUGGCGCACAUAAUAGAGAUGAGAAGACUCGUGUUUGGGAGGAGCUGAGCUAUAUAGUUGGGCUAUGCCAGGUUCCUUGUUGUUUUUUGGAUGACUUUAAUGAAAUAUUACAUGUGGAGGAAAGGAAAGAUGCAACUAGCUUACCAUGGUCUGCGGAAGAAUUCAAAGAUUGGAUACAAGAUAUGCACUUAGUGGAUCUGUCACUCACUGAUCGCAAGUUUACAUGGUUUCAAGGACGAUCUUGCAGUCGUAUAGAUAGAGCACUGGUUAAUGUGGAAUGGCUAGAAGAGUUUCCAGAGACUCGGCUACGAGGUGGCCCUAGGGGGUUGUCAGAUCAUUUUACUAUAAUAGUGGAGGACAAAAAGCUGAGGGGGGGCCCAAGGCCAUUCCGAAGCCUUGAUUCGUGGUUCACACAUGACGAUUUUCUUAGUAUGGUUAAAGAGGAGUGGAGAGGGUUGGGGGACAUACAGUUCACAGAUAAACUGAAGGCGCUGACAAUUCUGCUAGGAAGAUGGCAUAAGGCCAAUUUUGGUGAGAUGGAUAACAAAAUUAAAAGAUUCGAGGAAAAAAUCAAGAAGAUUGAUGACCUGGUGAGCAAUGGAGUGUAUGAUGAAACGAUGGAGGCUAGAAGAAAGGCGUUGGUUACUUGUUGUGAGAGAUGGUAUGUAAGAAAGGAAGUACAUUGGAAAUAG